AUGACGUCACUGGAGUGCGUAGCACUAAUCAUUGGCGUUGGCGCUUACCAGCGCCUCCCGCCUAUAAAGUGUGCGGGCAGCGAGGCGAAGAUUGUCUUCGGGCGCCUCCUAAGCGGUGGAAUCGCUUCACGGCCAAUUUUGCGACAUGACCAGGAUGCUGGGACGGCUACCGAGGAUGGCUAUGAGGUGCCAAAAGCAGAUCGGUGCAGCUUGGAGGAAGCUAUCUGCUUGUUCCAGGCGCGUGUCUCUAGACCAUUGCAUUCUCUGCACUUGGUGCAUAUCGUCGUAUCAGUUAUCCCAAAUCUGCGUCCUUCUCGCAAGCAUUUACUAAUGGACUUGCUAAAAUCUAUGGUCGUAUAUGUAUGUAAGCGGGCCAAGUGCUUGACUAUUGAUAUACAUGCAGCUACUUCACGACCUAAAUGCUAA